ACCGCACCAGGUGAUCUCUCUCUUGUCUUGGUAAACCGGACGAUCGAUCGAUCGAUCGAGAAGACUAUUAGAUGAGCCGUCUAACUAGCUCAGUUAGGAUGGUGGCCUACGGCUUGAAAUCCCAUACAGCCAACCAGCGUCUCAAGAAGUCCGCUGACAAACUUGGUCCCCGCCUUGAAGAAGUGGCCAAUGCAACGGCUGACAUUCAGAAGUGGGAUUGUCCAAAGAAGAUAGAGGAGGCCGUACAAGUGCUUGAAGCUGGAAAAGAGUUUGGAACAAAGCUUCACAAACUCCUUCAUGAUUAUCAACAUUUCAAGCUUCAUGAAGAACCAAAAUACUGGUCACGCGAUAUGCUCAGAGGUUAUUUAUUCCCAUCUGCAGCAGCCACAACGUUUGCUGUCCUACUUGGGGAGAUUGCAUAUAGGAGACAUUUGAAGAUGAAGAACCAAGAACUUCAAAAGAAACUGUCAACUGGAAGUACUAAGUAGCUUCAAGGCUACAGAGCGGACAAACCACUUGAGAGUACUGUGACGAUCCUCUUAGAUAAAUUGCUUGUUAUGUGUGGGCAUGGAUCUUAUAAGUUAUAACUUUAUGGCCUGUUUUGUGUGGUUUAGGAUUAUACACCUGUAGUUAUUAUAUAUUAAUCGCCAAUGUAGAGCUUUUUUACAAAGCUUAUAACUGUAUGUCGCGUUUCAAGGGGUUUAGAACUUGCUAUGGUUUAUUACAUUUA